AUGGCUUCACUUCAAGCAAAGGCCGACGCUGUCAAGGCCGCGCUCGCGUCAACUUCGACAUCCACGCCCACCACCGUCGUGACGGUCAAGGAGUUGCUGCUCCCGGACGCCGAGACGACAUCCACAACAUCACAAACAACCACACGAACCGCGCGAUCGAAUACAAUCCCCAAGACGAAGAAGAAUGGCACCGGCCGUUCCACCGCCGCAAAGGCAGUUGCCAGCGCGCAACCCGAUCAGAUGGCCAUCAAAGACCGGGCUGCGCUGGCGACUCACGUUAUCAACAUCACCAUCAAGUCCCUAACUGAGGCCGCGAAGCCUCCGCCUCCAGAAACGCCGAGCAAACGGCAACCGUCUCACAACGAGCUACGAAAAGCCCCCGGCCAACGGACGCUGAGGAGGUCACUCUCCGCCCCUUUGUCCCCGAUACAGCCUCGGACACUCAACCGAACCGCCACUUCGCCAAACAUUGGCUCGAAAGCGACGACCACCCAGCCUGCGGCGCAUUCGACAGGAUGCCUGGCAACAGUCGAAUGCGCGCGAACUGCCUUCGCGUGCCUUCGAUCAAUCAAAGGCCCCGUACAGGCGAACCAGACGGACUUCCAGCUUGAGAAUGGCAUGUCGGCCUUUGUCGGGAAGCUACUGGCUCUUGGUCUUCAGGAGCAGGCGAUCAAGGAGCUGAGGAUACUGAAGCGCAGGCUGGGUGCUGCCACCUCCAAGGACGCGGCGAAGACUGCGAAAUCAGCACCAGCCGAGAGUCAAACUGCAGCUCAAGUGAUCGCCGAGCUGCUCGACUACGACGGUCCAAUCCCGGAUCAGAGCCUCCCCAUUAUCACCACUUGUCAGAUUCAGGUUGUCCGCCUCAUCGCCCUCUCCAAGAAACCCGCCCAAAUCGAAGCCGCGCUACCUUUUCUCCGUGAAUCGCACCCCUCCUCACCACUCAAUCUUUUGCAAAAACUUGCCGGACUAAACGACAAGGAGGGGCAAAAGGCUGCUCGACAGCUCGCCUCUCUAUCGCAAAUUCUUCUCUCGUUGGCACCGAGUGUCUCCAGCAAGGAAGAUCAUGUGGCGACGGAAUCGAGACUUAGUCCCUCUCCUAGUUCGGCCUUUCAACUCCAGGUGCUAUGCUUCAGGGCUCAGCUGCGAUGGUGGAAAUUGGCAGGACACCGGGGUGUUGUGGAUGACGACGUCCUCUCACCUUUUACACGAUGCAUUCGCGCAUUCACAAGACGCCAGCCAACCGGAGAUGGCACUACCUUCACCAUGAUUAGUACAUCCUUCGACGCUUUGAUGGAGCUGGUUCGCUCGCAGCAGUCGCAGCCCAGGAAAUCAUCCGAUUCGCCUCUUGCGACCAUCUACCAGCUCUUGGGAGUUGCCGCUCAUACUGAACGACAAUACGAAGAGGCGCACCACUGGUUCAAGCAACUCAAGGACUUGAUGCAGCCCGAACAAGACUCGUUCGUUCGUGUUUGCUCAAUUUCUGCACGCCUGCUCGCUGCCGCUUUGAAGAAACCCUUGCUCGAUCGCGAUGCAGACAAGUUGGUUCUCGAAAUUGUAGAGAGUCUUGAUGGCAGUCUAAGCGGAAGCGUCUCGGAGCUUAACGAGCUGCUGGAAAGUCUCUCUCUUGCACGACGAUCGGCCGUCGGCCUUCUCGUCAGCAAGAUCAAUGAGAAGAACUCGGGCGACUCUUCCAAGAUACUCAUUGACCAUCUCAAGUCAUUUCUCGUUCGAUAUCCUCGAUUCGCUCGUCGGUGGCUGGGUGCUCCUCCAGCCAGAGACUCCUCUGCAAAACUCCUUCUCCAGUUCGAUCAGAGACGACAGGUUCUUAUGCAGACCAUCAGUCAAGUCCUUGAUGGAGCUCUAAUGGUUGUCAAUUCUGAUAUCCAAGCCGACUCGAUCACUUGGCAAGACCUAGACGACAUAUUGCAAGACUGCGCCAAGCUGCUGGAGUCUGUUGCGGACCCAAUGCUGUCCGCACCGCGCGCCGACCAGCUUGGGAGCUACUACGUCAAAAUGUCCAGUCUUUACUUUUCAAAAUUCACACAGCUACGGAAAAUCACUGGAAAAUCAAAGGACAUCAGCAAACAGAUUUUGCAAACUCUCAGUCGGUCUAUUGAGCUGGUCAAGGAUCGACCACCAGCUCAGCAGGAAAAGGCUCAGCUAUCCAUCAAACUAGAACUCUUUGCCGAUCUCUGCAAAGGAGCUGGUAGAGGAAACGACGCGGUCCGUACGUUGCGCUCGAUUUGCACGAACAUGAUCGAGGAGGGGGCUUUGCUCAAGGUGACAGCUGCUAUGGCGUCCCAAGCACCCAGCGUAGCCUGGAGUGUUGAUGAGAAGGCCGAGACUCUCUCACGGACUCUGCGCUCGAUUGCAAAGUUGGACCACUCUUGGAAUGACUGGGCAUUUUUCUUGCCCGAGGCCGAGCGCGCUGCGGUGCUUGAGCAUCUCAUGGAGAUUUCGAAUGGCACAUCUGCUCAGGGCAAGCCCCUCAAAAUCCAUGACCCAUGUGUGGGAGCACUUCUGCGGCUUUACACUCUUGACCGGUUCCCAAUCCGACGUCUGCGUGUCUUGCUUAACCUUCUCUUCCAGAACCUUGGCGAAGGGAGUGAGAUGGAGAAAAUUGGAGCCUUGGCUGACGAGGCUAUGCUGAAAUCUGAGGGCAAGUCAACUGGAGAGGACGCUGCUCUGGCUCGUUACGUUCCGCAUUUACAGGCAUAUCACGGUUCAGUUUCGGCCAUGGCUGUGAGUAGAGCGCCGUUCCCAGCAGCCGCUAUGAAGAACGCCAUUGCCUCCUGGAGAUCGAUGACCGAAACCUGCCACAGUCGAGACGACUUCCAUGAGAAGAUCGACAACCCCGACAGCCUGCUCGCCCACCUGCAGUCUGCCAGUCAAUUUGCGAGCCUCCGGGGUGAGAACACCCUCCAUCUCUCAAUCCUCGAGCUUUCGACAACUAUUUCGAAGGUGUUGGCGGAGCCAACGUAUAAUAACGUAAUUCUUAAUCACACCCUGCUGGCAUCGCAGCAUCUGAACAUCGGACACUAUUCGGAAGCAAAGAGAACAUUAGAGGUGACCAAAGAACUUCUGGAGCAAGCCGAAAGGCCUUCUCGAGGGAUUGUUGCCGCAUUUCACCUGUCCCAGGCGGAAUAUUACACUGGCAUCGGCAGCAUCGAUGAAGCUAAUUCCUCCUUGGCAUUCGCUAAAGAAAUCUACAACGGACCGACCUCAUCUUGGGCAUUGUCCAAGUCGCAGGCUAAUCUAGCUCUUGCUCUAGCCUCAUUCCUCGACUCUACUCUGGCACUUAAACAAGGAAGGGUUCAAGAUGCCCUGUCUUGCAUAAAGUCCAGUGUUAGGGUCCUUUCUCACGACUGGUCCAAGUUCGAGGUGACACAAUCUCGGGAUGGUACCCCCAGCGAAUUAAACACAUCUACAAGCAGCAUUGAUAGUGUCAAGGGAACAAGCUUGGGUCAGGUCAUCGGACCGCGAUUCUGGGCCCUUGCUUUUCCGUUGCUGCGUGGUCUUCUGCAUAUCUCCUCGGUGUAUGCGCAUCUCGGCAUGUUCCAGGAGACAAUUUACUAUGCAGAGUCUGCUCAAAAGAUCGCCGAAAGUACAGGCUCACCUCUGUAUAGGGCGCAGGUGCUUGCUUGGACUGGUUCAAUCUACCACCGUGCCGGGAAACUCGAGAAGGCUUUGGAUUUCGGCAACGAGGCGGGUGACCAGAUGCCGGAAGAUAUCUGUGUUUCUCGCAUUCAACUCGCGUGCCAACUCAGCGACCUUUACCGAGAUAUCGGUGACGAGGAAAAGGCAGCCAGCAUGCUCAAGCUUGCCGAGGAAACUACCCAGCGCCUUGGAGGCCAGGGCAAGCUCUUAAACGGAUUAGAAGGCAUCGAGAAACCCACGACCACCAUUGUCAAGGGACGAACCACCGCCGCAGCCAAGACAACACGGACUACCAGGACGACUCGGGCCAAAGCUGCUCCUACUCCAGCGCCGCGAACUCGAAAGCGAGUAACGACGGCGAAAACCCCAUCAUCAGUAGAUGCGGUCCUGAGUCUGCCCAAAGAUGUGUACCAAGCAUCGUUGAUGGCUUCGAUCAUUCUUUCCAGAGCUCUGAGCUUCAUCAACCAGAAGGAUUGGACAUCGGCUUUGUCGACUCUAGAGGAUGCAAAGGAGCUCCCUAAACUCUUUGGCACCCUCUCGCAAGAGCAGGUUGUUACCGCGAUCUCCCUUAUCGGCCAUAGCACGGAACAGAUGAUUCAUGAUCCGGUCUUCUCUGUCGUUCAGGAUUCAACCAUUUCGUUUCCGGCUGUUUCCAGCUCUGAUAAAUCGGUAUCUAGAAGAGCGUCUAUCAGCCAGACUCCGCCUCGGAGGGGCCGAACUGCAGCUGGAAGCGCAGACCGGAAGGGUUCCAAGGAACGUGGCGUGCCUGCGUUUGCAGAUGCGCUGAGGCAGGCCCAGGAACUUCUUCUUGAGGCUCAUGCCUCGACUCUAUCAACUGCAAGCAGCACUAUGGUUCAUCGAAUCUCCGCAUUGCUACAGAACACGGUUAUUCUACUUUCCGCCACUUCAACCACCCAGUCUAAGGUCCUUGCCGGUUCUGGGUUUGCGACUUUCUCCGUGGAUCUGGCUCGAAAUGUUACAUGGAGGCGAGAACAAAGCACACUCCUCAAGGAUGGUGCUCAAACCCAGACGAAGGCGCGUGAGCCGCCUCAAUCCUCGAGGCGAGUGAGCCUUGGACUCACAACGGAAAUGGCCAAGUUCCAAAAGAACUACGUGGAACUUGUCCCUCACAACUGGAGUGUCAUCUCCGUCUCUCUCAGCGACAAUCGCCAUGACCUGUGUAUUACGAAGUUCCAGGCUGGCCAUAGUCCUUUCAUCCUCCGACUACCCCUUGAGAGAGCAAACUCCCGGGACGCUGACUCGGAGGUGUUUAACUUUGAGCAGGGCCGUGAAGAGAUGCUGGAGAUUAUUCAACUCGCCAACGAGAGCAGCCACUCUGCCAGUCGGGACUUCACUGCCAAGGGCGCGAGGAGCGCUUGGUGGGCAGAGCGCGAGGCCCUAGAUUCCCGACUACAGGAUCUUCUAAGCAACAUUGAGACGACAUGGUUGGGUGGCUUCAAAGGGAUUUUUUCUCAGCAUGAACGACGGCCCGACUUGCUCGCGCGAUUCCAGAAGAGCUUUCAGCAAAUCCUUGACAGCAGUCUGCCGUCUCGAAACAGGAUUCGUGGAAAGAAGACGGCCAAGACACCGAAAGUCUCUCUUGAUCCUCGAAUUUUAGACCUGUUUAUCGGCUUGGGCGAUCCUACUGACCCAGAUGUUGACUUCGACGAGGCCCUGAACGAUCUGCUCUACUUUGUGGUCGACAUUCUCCAGUUCCACGGAGAGCGCAACGCCUACGAUGAGAUCGAUUUCGACGCCAUGGUCGUGGAGACAUACGACGCCCUGCGAGGUUACUAUGCUGCUACCAAGAGCGGUGCGGUGCGGAUGGAUGAUGCGCAUACCGUUCUUGUCCUGGACAAGGCGCUCCAUGCCUUCCCCUGGGAAUCGAUGCCUUGUAUGGAAGGUCUCGCGGUCUCGCGUGUACCAUCCUUGGCUUGCUUGAGGCAGCUCAUCCUCGAGUCUCAGCCUGCGAAGACUGCUACGGAAGACGAUGCCAGGGAUUUGCCAGAGGGACACUACGUCUCUGCUGACCGUGGCACUUAUAUCCUCAACCCUUCCACAGAUCUCAAAAACACGCAAGUGACUUUCCAGGCCUCACUGAAAGCCCUGCCCUCCUGGAAGGGAAUCGUCAACCGAGCCCCCGAGGAAGCCGAGUUUGAGCAGGCUCUGUCAAGUUCCGAAAUCCUUCUAUACUUCGGCCACGGUAGUGGAGCGCAAUAUGUCCGUGCCAGGACCGUUCGGCGUCUUGAGAAGUGCAAGCCCGCGACGUUCUUGAUGGGCUGUAGCUCGGCAUCGCUCACGGAGGCGGGAGAGUUCGAGUGCUACGGCCCCGUGUGGAAUUACAUGAUGGCUGGAUGCCCGGCUGUGGUGGGCACGCUUUGGGAUGUGACGGACCGCGAUAUCGAUCGUCUCGCGGGACGGUCGUUUGAGGAAUGGGGACUGGUUCCCAAGGGGACGUUCCAGGAGGAGAAGCGCGGCAAAGGAAAGGCUACGGCCUCUUCAGAUGACGAGUCCGACGACGAUGAGGACGAGUUUACUCGCCAUGUUUCACUAGUAGAGGCGGUUGCGCGUGCAAGAGCGGCCUGCCGCUUCAAGUAUCUGAACGCGGCGGCUGUGGUGCUGUACGGCAUCCCAGUAUAUAUCAACAGGGGAGGCGAGUGA